AUUGUCAGUGAAACACAUAAGCCUUUCCCUUCGUAUCAAAACCAGUUUUUAUAAAUUAAGACCAAUCUAGAACUAUCCAGAAUCCGAAUGCACUGUGACAGGAAGUGCGUCGAUCAUCUGGAGGAAUGCCGGUUUAUGAUGACCACUUCCUUGACGACUGCCAUGAUGUCCCCGAAGGACGCUUGCCGCGUUGGUGGUUCGGUGGCUUCGCCUCGAUUUGCGUCGCCUUCGCGGUGGCGCCCAUUGAUAUCGUGAAGACGCACAUGCAGAUUCAACGGAAAAAACGGAGCAUUUUAGGCACGGUCAAAAGAAUAUACUCACUGAAAAGACUCUGGGGCUUUUACGAUGGCUUCUCGGCUGCCAUCCUGCGACAAAUGACCAGCACCAAUAUACAUUUCAUAGUGUAUGAAACUGGCAAGAAAAUGGAGUACGUCGAUAGGGAUUCAUAUCUAGGAAAGAUUAUUUUGGGCUGUGUGGCUGGUGCUUGUGGCUCUGCUUGUGGCAUACCAACGGAUCUGAUUAACGUGCGGAUGCAAACCGAUAUGAAGGUGCCGCCGCACAAGCGACGCAACUAUAAGCACGUCAUCGAUGGCCUCAUUCGAAUUCCCAAGGAGGAGGGCUGGAAGGCACUUUACAAGGGCGGAUCGGUAGCGGCCUUGAAAUCAUCCCUAAGCACCUGUAGCCAGAUAGCACUGUACGAUAUUACUAAAACGGAAGUGAGGAAAAAUACCUCUGUGAACGACGGCGUGCCCCUGCAUUUCCUCACGUCGUUGUUCACGUCGAUCAUUUCGUCUGCGAUCACUCAUCCCCUGGACGUGGUGAGGACCAUCAUGAUGAACUCCAGACCCGGCGAAUUUCGCACUGUCUUCCAGGCGUCCGUUCACAUGAUGCGGUUCGGCAUCAUGGGACCCUACCGGGGAUUCGUGCCGACUAUAGUGCGAAAAGCGCCAGCCACCACUUUGCUAUUUAUUUUGUACGAGCAACUGAGGCUCCACUUCGGGAUUUGCUCCCUGGGAGGGGAAAAGUAGGAUUGCGACGAUAGUAAUGUGCAUUCGGAAUUUGACAAAAAUACCUUGUGAACUUUUGCCAACGUUUUUGUACGAUAAAGAUUUCCAUUUUAA